AUGGAUAAAUGGUUAAAGAAGUCAGUUGAAGUUGAUGACAAUGAGUCUUCAGUGAAUCAAAAUGAAGAAAAGUCAGGUCAAUCAAAACGAAGAAAAGUGGUGAGAAAGUAUGAUUCCAAGUACUUAGAAACGGGAUUUACAUGGAAUGGAGAUGAAGAAGAUCCACAACCACGAUGUAUUAUUUGUUGUGAUCAACUUGCAAACGAGAGCAUGCGCCCAAACAAAUUGUGUCACCAUAGUGAGACGAAGCAUCCCGAGUUGAAAGACAAACCCCUCGAAUUUUUUGAAAGGAUGCUAAGCAAGUUGAAGACAGGACAGAGCGUUAUGCAACGUUACACCAAAGUUAAUGAAAAAUCUUUGUACGUGUUCUACCUGAUCAGUUUGAGAAUCGCGAAAGCUGUGUUUCUCAAAGCUGGUCCGACGGACCGGUACCGGUCCCCGGAGUACAAAUUGCCGGUCCACAACGUCUCUAGGUUUACCUGA